CUGUCUCCUCUCGGACUCCCGGCGUGGCGCGGAGCGCCUGUCUCAGGGCGCGGGUUCGCGGCCCGCCCGGGGACCGUCACUACAGAGACGCAGUGGGCAUUCUGGCGCGCGGGCGGCGCACGGUGCGCGUGGGCGUGUCCCAUCGGGGCCGCGCCGCCCGCCCCACCCCAGCCGGGUUGGUUACCCCCCAGGCCCAGUUCUAACGCCCGGGCCGGUCGGCCGGGCCCGCGUGCCCUCGGCGGGCUGCGCACAGCGCGGGAGUUGGUCGGGGCUGGGCAUGUCAGGAACCCCUAGGGUAACCGCCACUGCCGCCGCCGCCGCCGCUGCUGCUGCUGCCGCCGCCGCCGCCACAGCCACGGCCACAGCGUCCGUCCCCGGUCCGCCCCGCUGAAGCGCGGAGAUGAAAUUCCCGGCCUCGGUGCUGGCGUCGGUGUUUCUGUUCGUAGCCGAGACGACGGCGGCGCUCUACCUGAGCAGCACCUACAGGUCGGGCGGGGACCGCAUGUGGCAGGCGCUGACGCUGUUUUUCUCGCUGAUGCCCUGCGCGCUAGUGCAGCUCACCCUCCUCUUCGUGCACCGCGACCUGAGCCGCGAUCGCCCGCUCGUGCUGCUACUGCACCUGCUUCAACUCGGGCCCCUGUUCAGGUGUUUUGAAGUCUUCUGCAUCUACUGUCAGUCAAGCCACAGUGAAGAACCUUAUGUCAGCAUCACCAAGAAGCGGCAGAUGCCAAAAAAUGGCUUCUCAGAGGAGAUUGAGAAGGAGGUGGGCCAGGCAGAAGGCAAGCUAUUUACCCACCGUUCUGCAUUUAGCCGGGCUUCAGUGAUCCAGGCUUUUCUGGGCUCCGCCCCCCAACUGACCCUGCAGCUGUAUAUAAGCGUCUUGGAGCAGACCAUCACUGUUGGAAGAGGCUUCCUCAUGACCUUGUCCCUGUUGUCCAUUGUGUAUGGAGCUUUACGCUGCAACAUCCUAGCCAUCAAAAUCAAGUAUGAUGAAUAUGAGGUCAAAGUGAAGCCUCUGGCCUAUGUCUGCAUCUUCUUCUGGAGGGGCUUUGAGAUUGCCACACGAGUCAUUGUCCUGGUCCUCUUUACCUCUGUCCUGAAGACCUGGGUGGUGAUGAUCGUACUCAUCAACUUCUUCAGCUUCUUCUUGUACCCCUGGAUCAUCUUCUGGUGCAGUGGCUCCCCAUUCCCCGAAAAUAUAGAGAAGGCCCUCACCCGGGUGGGUACCACCAUCGUGCUGUGCUUCCUCACUUUACUGUAUGCUGGCAUCAACAUGUUCUGCUGGUCAGCUGUACAGCUGAAAAUUGAUGACCCUGACCUCAUUAGCAAGUCCCAGAAUUGGUACCGGCUCCUGGUGUACUACAUGUUGAGAUUCAUCGAGAACGCCAUCCUCCUGCUCCUGUGGUAUCUUUUCAAGACUGACAUUUAUAUGUAUGUGUGUGCACCUCUGUUGAUUCUGCAGCUGCUCGUUGGGUACUGCACAGCCAUUCUCUUCAUGCUCGUGUUCUACCAGUUCUUUCACCCUUGCAAAAAGCUCUUCUCCUCCAGUGUUUCUGAAAGCUUCCAGGCAUUUCUCAAGUGUUCCUGCUGGAGACGGAGGCAGAAAUCCUGUGAGUCCUUAGAAGAGACAGACCUGAGGUCAUCCAGAAAACAAGAGGAGAUGCCUUCUAGCAGUAAAAGAAGUCCUGAGCCCAUUCAUAUCUUUAGUGCUGAAGAACUGUGCUCUGCUUAAGGGACCCAAGGUCUCUCAGGGCACAGGCAUAUUGUUUUCUGGGUUGAUACCUGUUCUUCAUGUAAGCGAUGAGCACUGCACAAGGAACCUGGCAGGAAGUUAGCUGUCAACUCCUCAUGAGCUGCUGCUCUUUAGAUGCUCUUGGGUAUGUGGGAACUAGGGGGAGAAGCCAGGGACACUUGGCGCAGAAGGGGAAGCCUAAAGCACGACAGUUUACAGGUGACCAUGUUGUGUUUUUGCAGGUCUUUUUGGCCUUUUCACUGACAGAGUACCCCUGAAGUCUGAGUUAGGCUGGUUAGAUCCAUCAGGUAGAAUGAGGAAAGGGGCUUACUUGUUUUCUAGUUUUCUGGAUUGUUGGUCUGAUAGCCUGAUAAUUUGUUUCCCCCAAACUUAGUUUUUACCCAAGAGCUGUCCUGAUGACCAGAGAAGGUUACUAGGGUUUUCCCAUCAGCAACAUCAUUCCUGUCAGAGCUUACAGGAAGGGUUGUUCAAGUUUGGUUUUUGAAUAGAUACAUGUUCUAUUUUCAUCUCAUUAGGGCUUUUUGUACAUAACCAACUAUAGCCAUAUGGCAUGCUAUCAUCUGUAAUUGAUUCGAGAACCUAGAUUUGGAAAUUUGAUUCCCUAGGAUCCAUGGCUGCAACAUUACAUUCUAAAUUUGGUUAUGGAAGCCCUAGAUUUUUAGGAAAGUCGUGCUCCUUCCAUAUGUUGAAGAAAUUGUGGAUCAGGAAGGUUGUUAAAACAUCAAAAUGAUGGAGGCUUAUAUAAGUAGAAUUCCUCCCUUCACAGAAUGUUUGAAGAUGUGAGUCAGCUUGAAGGCAGGCUUUAACCUCCAUAAGGUUCAGUCAUGUCGUACAGUUCUGGGAAAUUUCUAGUAGAAUUUGCUAGGAUUCACCUUUUUUAGGAAAGAAUUAAAUAAAAGUGAUAGUUUUCACUCUGGCCUCCCCCUUCCUUGUUUGUCAGGAAACUUUGAGACAAGAGUUACCUCGGUUAACUUAAAUUUUUCUAGAAAACCCUGCAGAAAUCUCUUGCCCAGUGCAGGUAUACAGGGCAUUUUAAUUUUCAUUAUUUGAAGGGAAAGGAUUUUCCUCACCACCCACCCCUAGAUAGUGAUUGACUUAAGAAACAUUUUCAGUAAAUAGAGAUGACAUGACUAGAAGACUUUUUUGUCCCUCAAGGAAUACAUUUUGGUUUGGCAUAAUUGUGAGUUAAUUUGAACAAGAUCUCCAGUUUUAUCAUCCUCCACCUUUUAUCUUCUAUAUAAUUUCUUCUUUAAUCUAGAAUUCUCUUGUUUCAUUAAAGAGGAUUGGCUAGCAUGUUCUCAAUUGUCUUUUAAAAAAAUGCCUAGUGCUAGUGCUAUUAUUUCUACCUUUUAGCAUCUUGAUAAUAAAAUACCUGGAAACCAUAAAGAUCACACUAAUUUAGAGUGAGGAUGAAAGUAAGACCUGAGAAAUUUACAAAGAUAACUCAUUUAUGGACUCUACUUUACCAGAUGGAACAGGAAUCCACUUCUCUGACUAUAUGAAUGCACAAGACAUACUUAUUUGGCCAUCCUGAUUCUGAUAAUUUUCCUUUUUUAAUUUUUUUUGUGUGUCAGAUAUAUAAGUAAUUUCAUACAGAUGAAAAUGUGAUUCAGAAGUCAUUUUCCACUACAUUCAUGGGUUCAUGAAACAAUAAAUAUUAUUUCACAGGAUCCAUGUUCUUUAAUAUUUUACACAAUUCUGUAUAUAUUAAUUAGAUCCUAAACCAUAGAGCCUCGAUUUUAGUUUUAUGAGAUACCUUUCCUCAUUUGAAAUUCUUUUGGUUUAUCAAUAUUUAUUGUUUAAUUUUGUAGGAAUGCCCAUUUUUGUCUAUUUUUAGCCAAAUAAGAAUAAACUCUAGACUGUGUCAUACACUUGUCCUAUUUUUAAUAGGCUAGAUAAACUGUGAGCAUACAUCAUCGAAAGAAUACAUCAUACAACAUAAACUUCCAUGUACUUUCCAUGGGCAUGGAUACACAAUCAUACUAUAGAAAAACACCUUAGAGAAUAUAUAACAACUUCAGGUUAAAGCUGUUAAAACCUUAGAACCCUUUUGUUCUUUAGGGUUCUGUAGAUAACAGCAAAGCCAUUUCUAUGUCAUUCCAAGUGUUUCUUUAAUAUCAAACCAGUUCCUUCUGUUUAUCGACACCAGAUAUUUCCAAGCUUUUUUGUGAGGAAGGCAUUCUUGUCUUGAAGCUUUGCAGUGGCUGACGGUGGGAGCAAUGGUGCCCCUUUUCCAUCAGAAAUGCCUUGGGAGUGAGGACUUGGAGCAGCCACCAGCCUGUCACUCAGGAGGCUUGUUCAGAAUUAGACAAGGAUGGAAAGAAGGGUAUUUCUCAGCUUUGGUUUAUAACCUUGCCACCAAAACCCUUGCAAAAUGUUAAAUUUCAAAUACAUUGCAAAUCACUUUAAUUUAGAUGAUGAUAAACAUUAUUUUAUUUUGUUUCCAGGGAUUAAACCCAGGGACACUUUACCAGAGAGCCACAUCCCCAGCCCUUUCUGUUUUAUUUUUAGACAGGAUCUCACUAAGUCACUUAAGGUCUUGCUAAAUUGCUGAGGGUAGCUUUGAAAUUUCAAUCCUCCUACCUCAGCCUCCUGAGCCACCAGAGAUUACAAGCCCAGUGAUUGUAAGCAUCUUAAGUGACCCCCAACCCUAACAGUGAUAAUCAGUUUGUCAGACUCCCAAAUUUCAGUUCACACAUUUAUACAGACAGAAGUUUGGUAACUAAAUUAGACAUUCUAUCAAUUUUAACCUUUGAUAUAUAGUUAACCCAACUUCAGGGACAUGUAUAUCUGUUUACUUUAGGGGAGAGAAAUUGUUACUUUUUUUUUUUCUGCAUGGUAAAAAUGUUAAGUCAUGUGAAUUGAAAUUUUUUGGUUUUAAAUUAUUAUCUCAGAAAUGGGAAAACUACAGUUUAUUCUGGAAAGCUAAGUUCUAAACACAUAAAACCAGCAAAUUCCCACAUGUGUUAGGAGUCAAAAUAUGUUUUUCAAUUAUAAUUCAUAUUUCAAAAACUCUCAGUGCGCUGGGCACAGUGGCACAUGCCUAUAACCCCAGCAACUUGGCAGGCUGAGGCAGGAGGAUCACAAGUUCAAAGCUGGCCUCAGCAACUUAGAAAGAACCUGUCUCAAAAUAAAAAAUAGAAAGGGCUGGGGAUGUGGCUCAGUGGUUAAGCACACCUGGGUUCAAUCCCUGGUACUAAAAAGAAAAACAAAAAAACCUUUCAGUACUUUGUCUAAUUAACCACAUGCCAUAACCUGUCAUGACAGCUGUUCCAGCUGUAUCACUAUAAUUUGGCUGGAUGGGGAUGAAGUAUUUGCUGAAAAAUCUAUUGAAAUAAGAUCAUCAAACAUGUUUAGACUUUCUCUUGCCAUUACUGGAGACAGCCUAGUUUAGAGAUUGGCAUCUCCCUGUUCAGCCCUACAAGUUUCUCACCCACCAAAUUAGGAUGAUAGACUUGUCCAACCUACCUCAGAAGGUUGUGGGAAAGAUCAAAUUAUGUAACAGGUGUGAAAGUGCUUUCAAAAUGUUUUUUAAAAGUGCCAUGCAUAAAGAGUUAAUAUAUUAUUCAAAUCCAUAAGCAGGUUAUUGUUAUUUUUUUACUGUUUGAAAAGAAGUAAGUAGCAUCAUCCGCAUGAAUGUCUUGAGUGAAUAUGUGAGCCUUUGGCCUUCUCAGCAGUUGCCCUUUCUCUUACCACCUCUUGCUUCCAAAUUUAGCACCCAAACCUGUAGUACUUGGAGGGAAAAGAUCCAAUGAAUCUGAGAAAGAGCUUCUGAUGCAAAUGAGUUGAUCAAAUGGUAUUGUCUUUCAUAGGGGACAUCUUUGGCUAAUUGUACUUUACAACUAGAAUGGCUGAUUCAAGGCAUUAACUGAAUGUGAGUAUAAUCUUUUCAGCCUUGUAAGUGUGAAAAUAAGCAUUAAAAUUGAUUGUUGAAUACAGCAUUUCCUUGGAAAACACCUUAGAACAUUAGUUUUAUGGUUAUGAGUGUAUGUGCCAAUACUUCUCAGCCAAUGCAUUAUGGAUGUGAGCUUUUGUGGACUGCUUCUCUGAGUCAUUGACUCAAAUGUUGUAUAUGUUUCUUCACGUAAUAAAUUAAUUUUUCAAUUUC